AUGGGGGCCUUUUCUCUGGAGUUUCAACAUGAUUUGCAAAAAGAGUCCUGGGCAUUAUACGCACUGGGUAUAGUGGUUAUUGCUCUCCGCAUUUAUGCCAGGGCCAGGAAGCUUGGUCUUCGGCAUCUGGAAUUUGAUGACUAUCUGAUCUUGGUGGCUGCUGUCUUCUAUACAAUUCUGAUAUUGACAUUAAAUCUUACGGCACAAGGCGGUGGUAGCGCCCUUGCUAUGCCAGGGGAAGAUGUAUUUGCGCUCACAGAAAAACAAGUCAAGGACCGGCAGAGAGGAGCCAAGAUCGAUCUUGUGGCUGAACAGGCCAUGCUUAAUGUCAUCUGGAUCUUGAAAGUAUGCACUUUGAAGCUAUACAGUCGUCUCACAAUGGGCUUGAGACAACAAAUAGCAGUCAAGAUUCUUGCCAUCUACGUUGCUAUCGGCUAUGUAGCAUGUCAACUAGCGUUCUUCCUCGAAUGCCGACCAUUUACGAGUUACUGGCAGAUCGCUCCUUCUCCACCGCUGAAUUGCAUGGUCCUCUAUGACUAUGCCAUCGUUCAGGCAACCUUUAACAUCUCAUCAGACAUCUUUAUGCUUGUUAUCCCUUUCCCAUUGAUCUUGCAAGUCUCCAUUGUCUUCAAGCAAAAGCUCGUCCUUUUGGUUAGUACCUUCCAGUUUGGCAACCGAAGAAAAGUCACUGACAUGUUCCAANNGUGCGUUUUCUCAAUGGGCAUCUUUGUCAUCAUCGCAGCCACCCUCACCAAAGCCGAGUUUUUCCGAUCGGUCUAUGCAGAGGACUACAUGUUCUGGUACACAAGAGAAGCCUCGGUCGCCGUCUAUGUCUCAAACAUGCCUUGCGUGUGGCCUCUUCUCCGCGAAGCCCUACCGGCUCUUAAGAGCUGGACACCAGGCUUCGUCAGCAGCUCAGCCUACAGACGGCGCGGCGCUAGCACUACAGGCCUCACAGCCCGCACACGCACACGCAACACCCAAAAGAGUAAUCUAGGACUUUCCAGACGCUCCAUGGAUGAUUUCCACGCUAUCAUCGAGCCCACACGACCGUUGGAGGCAAAGACGACGACGAAUGUGCACACGAAGGAGAUUCAGCACUACAACAACCAUAUUCGCAGCAUGAAUCGGGGCAGCAGCAGUGAAUCUAGUGUUGAUGAUUUGCCCAUGCAUGGAAUUAUGGCGUCCACGACGAUUGAGAUGUCGGUUAUGGCUUCCGAUCGCAAGGACGAUGAUCGCGAUGAUGCUUCUCAAUCUUCGACUCGUGCGUUUGCUCGUGAUCUUGAGCAAGGAUUGCCGCAUGCGCGUUGA